CUUUGAUGAGCUCCCGGGAGUUUGGCAGGAGCGGUGGCAGAUGGUGAGCGGAGCGCCAGCAGUUGCGGUCGGGCGCUCUCCGUCGAGGAAGGAGGAGGAGGGGAUGCGCGCCAGCCUGGACGGCAUUGCAUAACCUUCGAGCGGUCGCAUUGAUUACCCCGAAGCCGGAGUGGAGGCGGCCAAGUGAAUCAGCUGGGGGCGGAAAAAAACCAAGCAAACCGAAAAGAGGCAGAGCCCACUUCUCGCCCCGCGCCGCCACUCUCUUCUUCAGUUGUUCCCAAGGCAGCGCGGCGCCCGUCCGGCUUUGUGCGCGCUGGGAGCGUGAGAUAGCGCUCGGCUCGCCGCCGCCGCCGCCGCCGCCCUCCAGCUCCAUGAGCCGCCAGCUUGAACCGCGCAGCCCCGCCGCGCUCCUGCACCCGCCGGGAGCCGCCGGCGGCCCUCGUUGCCGGAGCGCCCCUUCGAAGCGUUUGCUUUUGCACGACGGCGCCGAAGAAGCUCCCGCCGCGGCCAAGUGCGCUCGCCUUGCCGUCGAUUGCUCCAGCGCGGCGCCCCAGGAUUGUCUCAGCGCGCCGGGCUCGCCCUGCGCCCUCGUCUCUCCGGCCCCCGGCGGCGGAGGCUCGUCUACUAGUCCCGGCGGUACUAGCGCUCAGGGCCCCAGCCUCGUCGCCGGCUACCUCUUGUUGCCCCUGCCCGACAGGGAACACGUUUCUAGGGCUCUGGACAUCAACACCGGCCGGGAACUGCGCUGCAAGGUCUUCCCCCUCAAACACUACCAGGACAAAAUCCGUCCUUACAUCCAGUUGCCGUCGCACAGAAACAUCACCGGGAUAGUGGAAGUGAUUCUCGGGGAAACCAAAGCCUACGUCUUCUUUGAUAAGGACUUUGGUGACAUGCAUUCCUAUGUGAGGAGCUGCAAACGUCUGCCGGAGCAGGAGGCUGCCAGACUUUUCAAGCAGAUUGUCUCAGCGGUAGCCCACUGCCACCAGUCAGCCAUCGUGCUGGGCGACCUCAAACUCAGGAAAUUUGUGUUUUCUAGUGAAGAAAGGAUGCACCUCAGACUAGAAAGCUUGGAAGACACUCACAUCAUCAAAGGAGAGGAUGAUGCAUUGUCGGACAAGCACGGCUGCCCAGCCUAUGUCAGUCCAGAGAUUCUUAACACAACGGGGACUUAUUCUGGCAAGCUGGCUGAUGUUUGGAGCUUAGGAGUCAUGUUGUACACCCUCCUGGUGGGACGCUAUCCCUUCCACGACUCAGACCCUACUGCCCUGUUUUCUAAAAUUCGCCGUGGACAGUUCUGCAUCCCUGACCAUGUCUCUCCCAAAGCACGGUGCCUCAUCCGUAGCCUGCUCAGGCGAGAACCCUCCGAGAGACUUACGGCUCCAGACAUUUUGCUUCAUCCAUGGUUUGAUGCUGUUUUGGAGUCUGGGUAUGCAGACCAGGACAUGAGAGCCUCUGAUCAAGUUGUUCCAGAGGAGUCCAGAGAGGAUGAUGAUAUUAGCGCCUUUUUUUGCUAGCUCUGAUUUUUGCCUCGGGAAAGAGAAGCCUCACACUCGCAUACAGUCUAUAAUUUUUUCCCCCUUUCCACUCUCUGUGUUGUUAAAUGCAUUGCUUUCCAAAACCUAGCUGUGCUCAGGACAGUAGCUGUGAUCUUAAACACUUAUGAGUGUACCAUUGCAAAAAAAAAAAAAAAGGUUGCAAUCCUUGGCCUGCUUAAUCUAGGGAAUUUCCAUUUGAAUCCCAUGGGACUUGCUCUGGGAUUAACCAUCUGGAGCAAAUGGACCUUUGCAAAUGUGUUUCGGCCUGGGAUCUCUGGGUUGUAAAGGGUUAUUCUGAACAUCAGUGGGGAAAUCAUACAUACAGGCUUGUCUGGGAAUAAGCAGUUUGAGGAUUGCAGUCUUCGUUUGCUGGCUCUUUUUAAAAAACAAAACACCUUGGAGCUUCUUGGCUCCAUGUGUGUUCAGAUCCACAUGGUCUUGCUUUGUUGGCAAGUUUAUACUGUUGUAGCAACUGCAGAAAAGCCAACUGGAUUCCCCUGUCUCAUACAUCAUCAGAGUGACAGGACUUUUGGCUGAGCUUUGAUCACAGAAUUUUCUUGCUGGUGAUGUAAGAGAGAGAGAAUAUACAGGCACAGUUCUUUUUAAUGCCAGGCGGGGCGUGUGAUAGUCACAGUGCAGAAAGUAAUUGGACCGUGUAUUUUUUUAAAAAGCUAAGCUUAUCUAAUUGAUUUUGAGCUUGGGUUUCCUGGCAUGUGAGAAUUGUGCUCUUGAGCUGGAGGUUCUCCACUUGCUUUCUUAGCUACCCUUGGGAUAUUCUGCUUGAAAGCGAUUCAAGAAAGAAGGUGCUGGUGGUGAGCGCAAGUCCUGAUUUUUGCCAGUCAGGUUAACCUGGAGUGUUUAAUUUUUGAAAAACUGAAUUUUACAAUCUGAAUCUCAACCCGGUUAAAUGAAAGUGUGGUGUAAAGUUGUUCUCAAGCCCACUGGCUUUCAACAGAGCCCUGUUGGCUUCACGUUAAUGCAGUCGUGGAUAGAUCAGGCAGCUAGCCAGACCACACAGCUGGUGGGAUGACAUGGGCUUGUAUCUGAAUACGUGGGCUUUUCAUAGGGUUUGGGCUUCCUGUCUGUCAGACUUGGGGGCGGGAUUUCACACCUGCACACUGUGCUUGGAAGUGGUUAACAGCCCCAGAGGUGCCGGGGUUGGGUGUAUUUCCAUACACCCAUGAAGCACGUUUGCCCUGUCUGCGGCAGUGAGAUUCUAGCUAGCAAGUCUUGUCUGUCUGUCUCUGAAUGCUUUUUAAUCUGAUUUUCUUUGUGCAGCUUCUUUCGCAGACUUAAGGGUUCCUCCUUAAGUGAACACCUGUGGCUGGGGUUCUCGCAUUUAUUCACCUUUUUCUCCUCCCCUUUGCAUAUCUAGCCUAAGAUGGCAUGGAAGUGGCAUUUACAAAGGGUUGCACGCGUAUCUUACUGAAAAGGUGAAUUGGCUGGCUACCUUCCAAACCUUCGCCUGAUGUGUCUUCGCAGCAAAAGCUGAUGUGACUGUUUGUGACCUUUAACUGAUGAAAUGCUGCCGCUUCAUUUUUAUAUAGCCUUAAAAUAUAGGAAGGCAGAGCAAUGUCCUUCCCAUUCCACAGAUGGGAUACUGGAGUCAACUAGAAGUGGCGUGUGUGGACUGCCCAAGGCUUGGUCAGUGGCAGGGGUGGACCUGAUCCUCCUGCUCCACAUCAAGCCCUUCUAGGUCCAGCAUUACAGUCACUGGCCAUGUUGCCUGAUUCCACUGUGUUCUGUGUAAGACAGAGAAAGAAGAUCCAUGUUUUGUAUACCCAAAGGCUCCACAAUGAAUCCCUGGCAUCCCCACUGAAGAAGAUCUCCAUGUUGUCGCAGGGGAUGGGGGGGUAUCGAUGGUCCUCUAGGUGUUCCUGGCCUCCAUGUCCCAUCAGCCCCACCUGGCAUAGCUGAUGAUCAGGCAUGAUGGGAGUUGUAGUCCCGCAAAAUCAAGAGGGCCUCAGUUUCCCCACCCUUGAUGUAGCAGGUCUGAAUACAUUUGUGCCUGAAAACCUGGAGAGCUGCUGGCAAUCCCUGGUCAGAUGGACCAAUAGUCUGACUUGAUGUAAGGUAACAUAUAUGUUCAGCGCUAGUGUUUGUCCUUGCUGGAUGCAAAUUUAAAGCCCCCUUCUAACCUUGAUGCUGGAUCUCCCAGAACCCUUGAAAGGAGGGGUGGGGAACCUGUGGCCCUCCAGAUGUUGUUGUACUAUAGUUCCCAUCAUCCCUGAUUAUUAGCUAUUCUGGCUGGGGCUAAUGGGAAAUGGAGUCCCUCAGCAUCCAGAGGGCCAUUGGUUUCCCUUUCCCUGCUUUUAAAAUUGCUUUGUAAGCACAACUCUUAACCAUAGCUCUUCGUCUGGCUCCCUUGCAUCAAGGUUGCUGGGCGUUGCUCAGAAAGUAGCCUAAUAUAUCAGAAUAACAAAAUCCAUCAGCCUAGGGUGGAGUUGCCCGACAUGAGUGGCAAAGAUAAGCCCUAUCUCAUUACAUACACUGAAACAUUUUUGUCUGUUGUGCAUGUGUGUGGGCUCUGCUGUUUAAUCCCUUGCGUCACCCUUUUGUACAAGAAGGAAAAAAACCACAAUUCCUCAUUUUGAUAAGCUGCUAUACAAUGACCAAACGUUUCUGUUUGGCGGUCCAAGUAUAAUCUCGCCCUGGAAAUCUCUCCUUUAUUAAAUUUUAAUGUAUCGCUGGUGGUGAUCGUUUUUUGCAUCUCAAAUUCAUGCGGAUAAUGAAUACACUUGAAUAAGCAUUAGCUUCCUGGAUGAGGUAAUGAACUUCUUCCUGACAAAGAUGACUGUUCCUGUUUGUAUAAAUAGGCACUUGCCUGUGGCGAGUUGGAAUUCAACCAGAGAACCAGAGGGGAAACUUUUGUUAAUUUGGGAGAUGGUUGGCUGUCUUUUCUUGAAGGCCAUUGAUGUGCCCCACCAUGGAUGAACGUGGGCACGUGUGGGUCAGCAGGCUAGCAACAGCUCUUGUGGGCUAGUAUCUUUUGUGGGCUUGCUUGCAAGGCUCUGUGUAUAUGUGGAAAAAACAACACAUGUUCCUUUUUGAAAAUCACCUGUGUCCCAUUUCUGAAACGAAUUUAUUCAUUUGAGUAGAUGUGUGCUGCAAGCUAGCUGUACCUUUGCUUUUCAAAUAACUUGGGAAAAUGUAUUUCUGUUGGGCUGUGUUGAGAUUGUUAGCAGUCACGCAUGGCUACAAUUCCAAGGAUUCUUUGUGGGGAAAGCUGGUAGAAUGCAGCUAUUUGGCCCAGGUUUUAAAGUACCAAAUGCUGAUGUUGCUUAAGAAUCCUACUGUUUUCAAAGUUUAGUUUUGUCAAGAGGGUGGGGCCGUUCUGCUCUUGUGAGCUGCGUAUACCUCAUCUGUUCCUUCCACAUAACGUCUUGCCAUUUUCAGUUUGGUUUAUCUUUUUUAAUGGCUGUAGUGUGUGUGUGUGUGUGUGUCCUAAAAACCGAGGUGUCGAAAGAGCAUUUAAAUGUGAAUUAAUGGCUGGCAAUACUAACUUGAUAGAAUCAAGAGAAUUAGAGGUGAAACUUUAUUUUUUGACCUUGAUUGCACUAAAGCUCUUGUGAUUGCUUUAAUAUAUUUGUAUCUGUGAUACAGUUUUUUUCUUAUAAAAAUCUCCAUAAACCUGCCUAUGAAUCUGUAUAUAUUGGUAGGUGUAAACCUAAUAACACUAUGUUGGAUGUUUGUAAAUAAUGUACAUAUUUGGAAAUCUACAUGAUGAAGUUGUAAAAUUCCUGUACAAAAAAAGUUUAAUAAAU